AGAAGUUUUGUUGAGAUUUGUUGAUCAUGGCAGCUCCAAGCUCUUCGCUUAUUUUACGCCUUGUAUCGGCUUCUGUGGCCAUAUCAAAGAGGGCAGGAGUGAUAAUCAGAGACGUUCUGUCUGAGAAUAGACUUGCCAUAGUCGAAAAGGGAUUAAAUGACCUCCAAACUGAGGCUGACCGAUCGGCCCAGAGAUGCAUUGUGGCCUCACUGCAUAAACAGUUCCCGAAAAUUGCUAUCUUUGGAGAAGAGGACUCAGAUAAUCUGCCAUCUGGCAUGAAAACUGGAUUGUCCUCAGGUGAACCAGAUCAGACUUUAGAUCCUGAUCCAAACCCAGAAUUCAUCGUCACCGACUUCGAUCAGGAUGUGCUGAAGGAGAGCUGUCCGGAUGACUUGGCAGACGUCAAAGAUGAGGAUGUUGUUGUAUGGGUGGAUCCACUAGACGGUACAUCAGAAUAUACACAAGGCCUUCUCGACCAUGUGACAGUAUUGAUAGGAAUAGCAGUGAAAGGGGUAGCUAAGGCUGGCGUGAUAUAUCAACCAUAUUACGGCUUCAGUAAGGAUAAUCCCGGUCAAGUGAAGCCGCGGUGUAUAUGGGGAGUGAUUGGAUUAGGUGCCUUCAAAGAUUUGGGAGAAGGUUCAUUUGGUUACACACCUGGUCAGCCCCCAAAGGACCAGAAGAUCAUAGCAACGACCCGGUCACAUUCCACUCCAGAAGUGGUGGACGCUUACACGGCCUGUAGUCCGACAGAAGUUAUCAAAGUGGGUGGUGCAGGUCAUAAGGUUCUCCUCUUGCUGGAAGGUGUAGCCCAUGCCUAUGUGUUCGGAAGCCCCGGCUGUAAGAAAUGGGACACGUGCGCUCCUGAAGCUGUCCUCCAUGCCGUAGGUGGACGACUGACAGAUGUUCACGGGAACUUAUACAAAUAUUUCUCUCACGUAAAGCGGAGGAACACUGGUGGAGUCUUGGCAACACUGGACGGUGGGGAACACCCUGAUUAUGUCAAACUGAUUCCAGAUUCAGUGAAAGCUGCACUGCCUACUGAUGGCUGACUCUUGUCGGACAUUAAAUCACUAUUAUGAAUUCAACCACAAUAGCCAUAAUCUAAAGUUGCACUCAUGAGCCGAUUUUGGAUUGAGGCUUGUGGUUUUAAUUUAGUAGAAAGAGGGAAAGUAAAAUCAUUUUAUUUUGUAACUUCCCAUUGAAAUUGUGUUCUAUCAAUUAUCCUUUUCCAUGGCAAAUUUGCCAACACUAAUUUUGCCAGGCUCACUGACAAAUGAAAAAGCCAGAGUCUGUGCUUUCCAAACAUAGAACAUGAGACCAAACAGAGAAUUUGCAAGAUGUCUCCCUGUUAUAAUUUUACUGUUCUGCUUUGCACUUUCCUGAUUGAACAACGAUAUCCAGGUAGGCCUAUGCGUCUGACUUCCUAAAUGUUUUAGCGAUGUAUUCAACUUCAAGAGCAUUUUUAGGCAAAUUGAUAAAAAUACUCUCUGCUAUGCAGUGAAUAUUGAGAUUGAAGACGUUACCUCAAUCUGCGAUUAUAUGGGAUCAUGAAUCGGGGAUUGAAACAAGUUGGCUCUCUUUGAUCCUAAUCAGCCGUUUGGGAGUAUACUGAAAGGUCAACCAUUGUUGUCUUUGAAAUUCCUCAAUGAGAUUAAAAUUUGGUGUGCUGAAACGAGGAUCAGAAGUGACCUAUUAGAGUUAGCUAUGUCAUAAUACGAUAAAUCGUUACAGGGUCUACCAAUUGUUAUCAACGGCUCAUCUUACUCAGUGGUCAAUUUUUUUAAUUAUUGAUGUAUGUUGAAGGUAUUAGGGUAUAGAUUUAGGAUGUAAUACGUGUUGAUGAAAUUGUAUCAUUUGAAUCUUGGGUCUCUGUCUGGAAAAUUGGUAUUUCGCCACAACUUUGCUGGUUGUCUUUCAACAGCAUUAUCAAUGAUACUGCCAAGUUGGAAAGUUUAGGCCAAUUCACAUAUAUUUCAGUUGAGAUCCGAAAUUAAUGUCAAAUGUCCAUGUGGGUAUUAGAAAUCCGUUUUUAAACUAUCUAUUUUAAGUUCUGUAUUUCUAAAUCAGUGUAUAGGUUGUUGAUGAAAUGUUCUGUUGAAGAGUUUCAUUUACAUUAAUUUUAAUUAUUACAUCUUCCAUGAUGCUGUUAUUGGUCUGAACAGAUGACUUCUGUUGUAAGUCAAAUCCCCUGUGGUGUGUAUGUUGUAGUAUAGAGGGCAGGAGUGAAUAAGUACAAUAUUUUCAUGGUGCCAGUAUACAGGGUGUAACAAUAGGACCUCAAUUACUGAUUCUGGCCCAAUAACUUAUUGGUUAGAUUAGCCAAAUGUAUCAAAGUUGUUGUUUGUAUAUUAGAUAUACCUUUUAGCUUCCUCUGGUAUCUUGGCGUAUAAAACUCACUGUGGUAGACCAGUAUUGCGGUCCCACGUGCAGUCGGAUGCACCCUGCAGUAGACUGAAAUUACAAUCUCCUAAUGAAAGGCCAAUGGAUUUAAUAAUGUUUUGUGAUUGAUCUUGAUGUUCAACAAUUGUCAGAAAUAAGUCUCUGAUCAUUUGCUAUGAUAGGUCAAGUUUGAAGUAAGUUGUCUUAGUUUACUGCCAAACAUACAUACAUUCAUGAGCCAGUAAUGAGAAUAUGUUAUUAUAUUAAUAUGCAAUGUCGAAUUUGUUAAUAACUUAUUUACAUGUAGAGAAUAUAUAAAUAUUGAAAAUGUGGUCGAUUUAUAAUAAAAUAAAGGAGGUAAUA